UGAGUGACCCUCCGAGGAGCUGCCUGGUGCAGUCACUGCUGGCUGCACUCGGCACCGGGCUCUGGUUUCCAGCAUCGCUGGCAGGAGGAAGCAAGCGGGCGCAGCCAGGCGGUUCGUGGGUUACUGGCUGCACAAUGGCAGAUGAAGCUGGAAAGUCCCAGGCGCUGGUUAAAGCUGAGCUGAGUGUCAGCAAAGCCAAGGAUGUGCGGAAGGAGACGGAGUUGAGGAUGAAGUCCUACGCCAACUGGGAGGAGUUCCUCAUGCCGGCCCCCAUCUCCAUCGCCAUCCUAGGGCAGCUGGUUUUCAUUUCAGCAGGGCAGGGAGACUUCUCCAUCAAUAAGAACCCCCCUAAGGAUGGCUUUAAGCACAUCAAAUACCCAGAAUCCUUCAGGGCCUGCUUGUGUCAAGUCAGUAACCAAGGCUGGGCAGCCUUCAACACUGCACACGUCAACAUGGACCAGAUCAGACUCCUCUCCAUGAGCGUCCCGGGACGGAUGAAGGCGAUUGUUAAAAUUCUGUUCCAGGACACGGAGACGGUGAAUGCCAUGCUGCCGACGCACCUAAAGAACAUGAAGGCCGUGGCAGACGACUGCAAAGACUUAGCCCAGGGGGUGAAGGACAAGUAUUCAGAUGUCAUCUACCUGAUCCAGGAGCUGAUGGAGGCCUGUUUGAACGCCAAGAAAGGUUAUGAGGAUGAGCUGAAAGACAUCCAGAUAGCGCUGCAGCAAGCACAGAUCAAGGAGAAAGCAGCCAGGGAGGCACAGAAGCUGGCUGAGCAGUAUCACGACCAGAUGAAGCAGCAAGUCGAUGAAUCCUUUAACCAAUACAAUGAAGCCAUGAAAGCCAUUCCCACAGGGUGGACUGCUGUGGGCAUGACCAUUGUGGAGAAUAUUACAAAUGGACUUUGCAAUAUUGUCAAUGGGAUUGCAGGCAUGUUCACAGGAAAAGGGGGCAAGAUGGGAACUGAGAAAAUGGAAGGCAGUGCUGUGGCUGGCCCAGAGCAAUUCGACCAUAGAAGAAUAAUGCCAGCACUCAACAUUUUUGCAAAGUCAGAAAUGCUACUGACGUUUGCAACGCAGCUCAAAGAGCUAAUCGAUGAGCAAAAUGGCCUCAACAUGAAGAAAAUCGUCAAUGAGAAAACUCAGGAAGUUAACACCAACUGGCUGAAAGACUGUUUGCUAAAGACGAAGAGCAGCAUAGACAUGGAAAGUAUGUGUGAGCCAAAAAAUCAAGCUCUAGAGAUCUGCGCAUCUGGCCUCCGUAUUUGUGAACAGCUGGAAAAGAUGGCCUUGUCCCAAAACAAAGGAAAGGAAGAAGAGAAGCCCCUCGCUGAAGAGAUCAAACGCUUAUACCAAAGAGCAUCAGAAUUUGAUUCACACAGUAAAUCCUCAGUGGGAUCUCCUGCCUUCACCGCCAAGCCGCCGAACGUGGCUAAAUGUCAGCAAGACUCAACGGGAGGAUCCAGUGCCCUGCGAAAUGCACAUUUGAAGGUCGAGCAGAGCCGGGAGAUGCUGAAGUCGACCCAAGAUGAGUAUCAAAGGAGCUUCGAGAACUUCAAGAGGCAGAAUGAUGAGCUGACAGAGAUCAUGUGCGCUAUGGAGAAAUGCAACGUGCAAGAAAUCGAUUUUAAGGCAGCCAGGGAGAUGCUGAUCAAAGGGCUGGAGGCCUUGGGGAGGGUGAAGGAGCAGUGGGAGAAGAUGGUGAGGUUCUUCCAGAUGAUCUCCAGCUUGAUUGACUCCUGCCUCAGUCGGGACAUCAAGGAAUUUGUGAGCUCUGUCUCGGACGUACAGAAAAUAGAAAAUUAUUCCUCCAAAUCCUUCGUGAUAGACACCAUCUACACCCAGGCGUUCAACGCUUCCAAUGUGGCCCACCUGGUGCACAUGAUCUCUGAGACCUACACCGAAGUGUCCAAUAAUUACCUGAUGGAUCGAGUGAGCAGCCUCGGGCGACUGAUCACCAUGGAAACUUCCCACCCGAGCUUCGAGUCCGAGCGGGAGGCAUUACAGAAAGGUUGUGAAGAGGCCCGCCAAGCCAUCUACGACAUGGUGAUCGAGAAGAAGGAGGAGUUUGAUAGGAGUGUCGAGGCCAGGGUGGAGACGAUCGACAGGGAGCUGAAGGCCGUGCUACCCCCUGUGAGCAUGGAAGAGCAGAAGGCAAUUGAGGGAUCCGUGCAACGGGGGAUGAAGGAGCUGACUGCAGAGGAAGAAGACCUGUUUGAGUAG